AUGCUGCCAAUGCAAGAGUUAACUAUCUCAAGCGAGUCCGUUGCGCAGGCACGUCGUACCCAACAACCACCCCCGCGCAGUACCUUAAUCCCAGUGACGGCCUAUCUGGACGGCUUACGAGGUGUCGCUGCUUUCUUUGUCUACACAUACCACUACUUUAUAGCUAUAGACGGCCAGCGGCUGCGGUAUGCUUACGGCAUGAAAAACCAGUCGCUAUCGUCGCUGCCCUUGCUGCGGCUCGCUAGUCACUCGGGCCCUGCAAUGGUGGCCAUAUUCUUCACAAUUUCGGGCUAUGUCCUCACCGUCGGACCGCUGCGCUUUGCCCGCCGUGAGCGGUGGGAUACUUUGCUGGCGCGGCUAUCGGGCUCCAUGCUCACGCGUCCGGUGCGCCUGUUCCUGCCCAGUCUCCUCGUGACCCAAGUUAGCCUGGCGCUCGCGCUUAUGGGGUUAUACGAUCACGCCGCAGCCAACAUGUGCCCUUCACCCGACCAGAAGGAGUGCGAUUUCUACCCUGUCAGGCCACUUACCAUGCCCAGCGUCGCUGAGCAGCUUUUCGACUGGACAGCUUUUGUAAGCCGCGAACUCAUGAAUCCCUGGGACUGGUCGUCCGGCUUGCGACCCAAGUCCGCGUACGGCUUGCACCUGUGGACUAUCGGCGCCGAGUUCCGUUGCUCCAUGAUGCUCUUCGCUUUUCUCGCCGCACUGCUCCCGUGCGGCCGGCCGUUAGUGCGCGCGGGCGUAUGGCUUUUCCUCAUAGGGUUCUGCGCCCUGUGGCAGCGCUGGGACAUGGUCGCGUUCCUAGCUGGCCUCGGCCUGGCUGUGGCAGAUGCGGACGAGAACGAGGGGGAAGAGCAGCAGCAGCAGCAGCUCGGUCAUGCGGGCGAUAGACGGCGGGAAGAAGUUCAGACUACGGCUCGACGCCUUAUUCCCUGCACUUUGCUCCUCGUCUCCCUAAUGCUUUGCUCGUACCCCGACAGGGGCGGCAUCGAGGCCUGGGGCUUUGGUCUACUGUCCCACGUUUCCCAGGACCGUCACAUGUGGCACACGCUGGGGGCGCCCAUGAUGUUGUGCCAUUAUGGCGAGCCAUCAUCGCCCUUGGACGAGGAGGCUGCGGCUGCGGCGUAUUCGACUAGCAGCUCUCUGCUCGCUGCCCACCACGUCGGACUGCGCAAUGCGUCAAAACGAAGUGAAAAGGUGUCGUGGCUGAUAUAUCUGCGUGAGCUUAAUUUCGGCUCCAAGGAUAUGGUGUAUGUCACUCUCAUAGUGGCCAUUAUUUUGGUGUUUUCCGCCAUUGAGAGUGGAUACAUCGAUCGGAAGUCGGGUCGUUUGACAUACACCCCCGUGCGCGAGGCCGUACGGUGGACCAGCUCCAAGUUUCAUGCUGGGCUGAACGACACCACCAUCUAUAGAGGUGAUCCAAGGCCGGAACUCGAUGACGCGUGGGAUGAGCUAUUAAGUGCCAUUAAUAUCCGCGUGCGGGACGACUGGUUUAAGAAAAUGGGAAGAAACGAAAGUACGGCGGUCCGGAUCAACGAUGGGAAAGGGGGAUACGCCGGUAUGAUUGACCGCAUGAUCAGGAUCGGUUUCACGGUCGACCUCUAUCCAGAUUAUGCCCCCAUGCUCAAAUCACAGACCGGCGAGCUAAUCCCCAUGCACAUCGAUCAUUGCAUUGACGAGCUCAGACAGGCCAUUAUGUGCCGGGCCGAUGUCACCGUGCUGACGUCAGAUUGGGUCGAUUGGCACACAAAGCCGUGGCUCAACUUUAACGUCCAUCACGAGUGUGUCGAUUGGGAUAGCAUUUUCCGCUGGUCAAAAGACAAUUGGUUCGACAUUAAGAAGGCAAACAUGGUCCAUCCUCAUUUUGGCGCUAUUGACUGGUCCAAAAGUCCCGGUCCCCACAAAGACGAUUAA